AUGAGACGCUGGUCUACUCCACCUAAAGGCGGCUAUCUCGCAACAGUCAUGGCCUUCAGCUUUGGCAAUGCGUCCAGCGCCCUGACGGGCGCAUCCCAAGGAGCCGGAUCGGGAGCGGCGACAGGGGCUGCAGGCUCGACUACACAAGGGCCCGAUCUCGAGCUCAUUCAGACAGAAAACCUGGGCUUUCUCUCGCUUGCGGGCGAUGCCAGAGUCCAGCUGACGUCCAAAUGGACCGAUCAGCCUGCGCCAACCGCGUCGCUGAUAAGCAUCGCGUCGAAGAAAGGCCUUGUGGCCGCCGCCGGUCCAGACGCUGUCCACAUAGCGACAACGGAAUCCGUACGGAAGGCGUUUCAAGCGGCCAAGGUUGGCGACAGCGAGGUGCGGCCGUUCGAGCCGCAGGCAAAACUCCCACUACCCAUGAGGAUAUCACAACUUGCAUUCACAUGUGAUGAGCAAUACCUCAUCAUAUCUGCCGAGUCGGGUGGCGGGCUAGCGGUGUACGAUGUCCAGUCUGUAUCACAAGGAUCGACCCAGCCGGUGAUGGAGAUCUCCACUAGCGGCGAGUCUCUGCGCACCCUUCUUCCGAAUCCAAAUCCCGAUAUGGCCGAGCUUGUACUGGUUGUCACAAACAACGGUAACUUACUCGUGGCGAAUCUGAAGCAGCGAGGCUUGGUCUCAGGUCCUAGCGGUCCUGUGAUGAAGGCGGGCGUGUCAAGUGCAGCUUGGAGUACCAAAGGCAAACAGCUUGUGGCAGGUCUUGCCGAUGGAACCCUCGAACAGUUGACUCCAGACGGAACCAGCAAGGCAAACAUACCAAAACCCAGUGGCCUUGAUAAUCAUCAUGUUGCUUCCGUCGCAUGGCUGGAAAACAAUGUGUUUCUCGUUGUCCACAACGUGACAAACGGGGAUGGGCCGUCGACAUACAAUAUUAUCACGAGGCACCAAGAGAAAGGAAGUCCGGCGAGUUACGUCUUUCAAAAGCUGACGGAUCCGGUUGAACCUUUCGGCUCUGAGAAGAAACCUCACCACACAAUCUUGAGACUCAAGGACUUCCCGCCUGAUCUCCAAGAUGUUCUCCUUGUCUCAUCCACUUGUAGAGAGGCUAUCGGACUAUUGACAAGGUCAAAAGCUCCGCUUACGUCGACCGUUUCUGCUGAAAAGAUCACCAACGUCUUCACUACCACGGAGUUUGCUGAUGACACAAAACGGGCAGAAUUGCCAAUGGGCGAAGACUACAUGGACACGUUCCCCAUUGGUACGGCGCUUGAUCUAUCCAGCAAGGACAAGGUAUACAAGCCCAUCCCAACAGACGAGAUGGAUGAGUCUCCGGGACCCCUCCCUGGUCUGUGGGCUUUGAACAACGAGGGCGUCCUGUCGGUUUGGUGGAUUGUCUACAACGAAUCUAUCCGACAGGGUACUACAUAUCCGGGUAUGGCAGCGGCCCAAAGUACGAAUGGUACUGCCACCGCUGCCACCCCCGUCACCACGACCACAUCCGCCUUUGGGGCAUCACCAACACCUGGCCCAAGUUUUGGAGGUUCCUCUGCGCUCGGCGCAAAGCCAUCCCCGUGGGGUUCAUCUGCAGCCGCCACCCCUUCUACCGCCCCGGCAUUCGGUAAGACUGCAUUUGGAAGUGCUGGGGGAGACAGUGGGAAAUCCGCCUUUGGAUCACCGGCGUUUGGGUCUACCUCAGCGCUUGGUAGCACUUCCGCCACUCCUGCAUUCGGCUCGACGUCAACGCUGGGGAGCGCAUCUGCCGCGCCUGCGUUUGGACAGUCUUCGGCACUCGGCGGUGGCUUGGGGGCUAAAUCGUCUCCAUGGGCUACCGGAGGCACCUCAGCGGCAUCACCUGCCUUUGGACAGUCGGGGCUCGGCUCCACUGGGUCUGGCGGAACUGGUAAGAUCUUUGGGGGCGGAACUUCUACUCCAGCCAGUGGCGGUGGAUUCUCGGCCUUUGCCAAUAAGGGCGGCUUUGGCUCACUCGCCAGUGGCGGCAGUGGUAACAACAGUGGUAGCAUCUUUGGAGCUGGAGCACCGUCAGGUUCUUUUGCUUCCACCUCACAAGACACAGGCAUGAACCAAACUACCUCCUUCCCACCUCCAGCCUCCAAGACAAACACAGGGUCGACGCCAUUUGGAUCAUCGCCUUUUGUGCUUGGUACAACCUUCAAGGCAGACCCCAAGACGGCCAAUGACAACGAAAAGCCGACUACUUCUAGUGGUGGCUCUUUGUUUGGCUCAGGAUUCGGCCUCUCGCUUGGAGACACAGCCAAGACACCGGCGACAGAGGAGAGCAAAGAUGCCGACAUGGAAUCCGAAAUCUCAGCAGCAGUCACCCCAGCAGCCGUGGAGAAGCCCACCAGCAUAUUUUCGUCUACCCCCGGUUCAUCGGUAUUCGGUGCCCCGACCAUAUCCGGAGCCCAGGGUGACAAGCCCAAUCCAUUUGGGGCACCAUCCAAGCAGGCAGAGUCCUCUCCACCUGCUGCAGCUGACAAGCCCAACCCAUUUGGCCCACCGUCGGAGGCAAAAGCUUCCCCCUCUGCGGCAACGGAGAAACCCAACCCAUUCGCUGGUUCCGGCAACAAGCCUGGCUUGUUUGGUUCCGGGACGAAGUCAAUUUUUGGCUCCACAAAACCUGAUGAGCCGCCAAAAUCUAUAUUUUCUAAGCCCGAUGCCACCCCAGCUUCAGAGAAGAAGAACCCAUUCGGAACUUUUGGGGCAUCGACAACGCCAAGCUCUUCGCCUGCGCCUAGCAAGAUUUUCGGUAACACAACAUCCACAGGAAGCAUUUUUGGCAACAAGCCAGCUCCAGGAGGCACAAGCAGCAUCUUUGGUGCGCCGACGCAAACCUCUUCAAUAUUUUCCUCAGUCAAGAAGCCCGAUGCGGCACCGUCAACACCGGAUAAGAAGGCUGCCGAGGCCAGCCUGCCAUUACCACCGGAAUCAACCAGUAAGACGACCUUCACGCUCUCCGAAUCCUCUGGGUCGUCCGCCGCUUCGCCUCGGAUACCCGAACACAUAGAAUCAUCACAUCCCCAGCGAGAGGUUACUGACUUUACCUCUUUGCCUGCAGAAUCCCCAAACAGCGAGCUAUCAGCGACACCCGAUGAUGCACCACUACCCCCAGACCCGGUCAAGGAGAAAUCCAAGUACAAUAUGGCAGAUCUCAAACUACCCCCGGGCGUUGUGUCUACGGAUGACAAGCCAAAGCCAUUGAAGUCAGGCGUGUCAUCACCCAAGUUCUCUUUCAAGAACCAGGGAGCGACGGAGCAGCCCAUGCCCAGCAGUGACGACGAAGACGAGCUCUCAGAAGAAGAAGAAGAAGAAGAGCAGGAAGGCGAUGAAGACGAUCAAGGAUCUGCUCCCGAUAGCGAAGGCAGCGGCGUCGAUGUUACCAAGGACCUCAGUCCACCAGGCUACACUCCGCAGAGCUCAUUUGGUGGCCCCGUGGGUGGGAUUUUCUCGCACACACCGGCCGAUGAACCACGGCCAGGAUCCCGUCUCCUGUUUGGUGAGAUGAGCCGCAACGCCCCUCUCUUCCCGCAACCCGUAGCCACGAGCCCCAGGUCACCAAGUCCGGUUCGCGGUGCUGUGCCCCCGAGAGUCAUCAGAUCCGACUCGGUUCGGUCGGUUAGUGCCCCUGGCGCUGGUAUGGCUUCAUCCAUGGCAUCAUCAAUCCUGGGGAGGAGCAAGGGCAAUUUCGGGAUCAGUGGCAUGUCGCGUCAACAGCCUGGUCGUCACACGCCAGACCCGAACGUGGAGGAGCAGAGGAGGUCACAGGCCAGGAGAGAGGCGGAUGAAGCACAAGUCUUACACGAUCAGGAGGACGACUGGAAGCAAGAUCUGUUGAAUGCUCCACCACAACCGACGCUCGAGCUUGCCGAGUUCACGCCGAACACUGGCAGUGCUCCGGAGGCUGGGAGGACCGUUCCCGCCCAAGCAGAAGCCAUGUACCGUGAUAUCAACCGGAUGGUGGACACGCUUGGUUUGAACGCUCGCCACCUCAAGGAGUACAUUCUUGGCCACAUGGGCAAGCUUCGGGCUCCGGGAACGCCGCGCAAGACAAGGGAAGACUUGGAGAUUCCGGACGACUGGAUUCUUUGCGAUGCCGAAGACGUGGGGACUAUCUUGGACCAGGAGCUGCGUGUGGAGCUCGAGGAUGGCCGCGUUAAGAAUGUGGAUGAGGUCAUCGAGGCCUGCCAGGAGCUGAGCAGGGGACUAGCCCGGUUGCGAAUCAAGGAGAUGGAUAUUAAGAAAACCAUCAUGUCUCGCAUAGACCCGAGCCAAGCUGACGCUUUGCGAUCUCUUCCGCUGAGUGCAGAACAGGCGGCACAGCAAGCCGAUUUGAGGAAGCAAUUCACGAGCUUCUCCAAGCUACUAGCCGAGGCCGAAGAAUCGCUGACUAUGCUACGCGCCAAGAUGGCGACGGCUGGUGGGCUCGACGCCCGGAGGAAUGGAUCGGUCGGUGGGGCAGGCUCGGGCGCCAAUGCAGUGCCGACCGUCGACGCUGUCCUGCGUACCAUCAUGAAGAUGACCAGCAUGGCGGAGAAGCGCAGCGGUGAUGUGGACGUGCUGGAGAAUCAGUUGCGUAAACUCCGCCUACAGCAAGGGCUCGGGACCGCCAACGGCAGCCGGGAGAACUCUCCCUUCUCAACCCCGCAGAAACAUCAGCAUCGUCUUUCGCGGUCCGUCUUCAGUCCGGGUGCGUCGACGCUCAUGGGUGCCUCCAUGGCGCUGACAUCUUCAGUCGCCUCGUACAACGGCAGCCCCGCCCGGUCGAUUACCAACUCUCCCCGCAAGAAGCUCAGCGGCUACAGCGACGAUGACAAGAAGCAAAUCCGUGCUCGUCUGGAAAAGCGUUCGGCGGCGAUCUCCAAACUGCGGGAUAGCGUGGAGAAGGCCGGGCCGAACGUCUGGCGUAUGACCGACGAAGAUUAG